AUCUUAAACGUAUUUCAUUGCUUAAUUUGAUAAUCUCAAUGAAGUUCAUCAGAAAUCAAAUGCAAUUUCUUCGUUUAUCUUUUACGAUUUCAUGCUUUCACGUCAGUUCUAUUUCUAUGAUUCGUCAAUGUAUAAGUAUGUAUAAGUAAUGUUCUGUGUGUUUUCUGGAUAGACUGAUUAUUGUUCUAUUUAUGUUUAAAGGUGUGUUAUGUGUAUAGACUGAUUAUUGUUCUGUGACGACGAAUUGUUAGAUAGUGACAUUGAAUUGGUUAAGGAUAUGAGCAAUUCGGUAGGGCACGGUUUUCUUCGACCGACGGUUUUGGAGCAUCAAAUAAAAACAAAUUCUAAUGGCAUUGGUGGAAAUACCUUGUUUCAACCUCAAGCGAAUUCUCAGAUACGGAAAUUUUCUUCUUCGUCGUCGUCCUCGCCCUCUUUAUUACCUAGCGAUUUUCUUGGUCACAGACUAACUGUGCGGAAAUUGAGGUUGCCGAGAAAUCUUGUGGUUUCUGGUUUUGCUCAAGCUGUUUUAACCACUGAUCCAGCUUCUGAGCAGCUGGGAGGGAGGUUCAUACUGGAAGGAGAUAUUGAGAUGCAGGUAGACGUUAAAAUUUCUUCUAUUGCACUAGUAGAGAUUCAGAUUACUAACAGCGCCGAUCAUCUAUAUCUGCAUUGGGGUGGUAUGCGGGAUAGACAAGAGAAGUGGAUACUUCCCAGCCUUCGUCCUGAAGGGACCAAAGUAGAUAACAAUGCUCUUAGAACCCCCUUUGUGAAAUCUGGUUCCAAUUCCUUCCUGAAAGUAGAGAUUGAUGAUCCUGCAAUCCAAGCUAUAGAUUUUCUAAUAGUAGAUGAAAGACAGAACAGAUGGUACAAAAAUAAUGGUCAAAACUUCCAUGUUAAGUUGCCUAUUGGAGAGAAGCAAGUUUCAAAUGUUGGAGUUCCUGAAGAUCUUGUACAGAUUCAAGCUUAUUUGAGAUGGGAGAGAAAAGGGAAACAAACGUAUACCCCCGAAGAGGAAAAGAAAGAAUUUGAAGAAGCAAGAAAGGAAUUGCAAAGGGAACUGGAAAAGGGUAGUUCUCUUGAUGACAUCCGGAAGAAAAUGACCAAAGGAGAGACACAGAAAAAGGUUCAAAAGCAGCCAGGGAAGAAAACUUACUUCACUCCUGAAAGAAUUAACCGGAAAAAGAGGGAUUUAAUGCAACUUCUCAACAAACCUAUCCCAGUUACUGUGAAAUCUGUGGAAGAAAAAGUCUCCACAAAACCAAAAAGUUUAUCCGCACUGCAGCUUUUCUCUAAAUCCAUAGAAGAACAAAACGGCGCUAAUAUUCUGAACAAAAAAAUGUACAGACUUGCUGAUAAAGAGCUUUUGGUACUUGUAACGGAGGCUUCUGGUAAGACUAGAGUUCAUUUGGCAACAGACCAGGAGGAGCCAUUAACUCUUCACUGGGCAUUGUCAGAGAGAGCUGGGGAGUGGCUGGCACCACCUGCAAAUCUGUUACCCGCAGGUUCCACUUCUUUAGAUAAGGCUGCUGAAACAAAGUUUUCUACAAUCUCUAUUGACGGUUCUAGUAACAAGAUACAGACGUUAGAAUUAGAAAUCCACGAAGGCAUUUUUGUGGGGAUGCCAUUCGUUCUUCUUCGUGGUGAAAAUUGGGUGAAGAAUAAUGAUUCAGAUUUUUAUGUGGAGUUUGGUGGACCGAAGAAGCCAAUAAAGGAUGCUGGUGAUGGCAAGGGGACUGCCAAGACCUUGUUAGACAAAAUAGCAUCAUUGGAGAGUGAGGCAGAAAAGUCCUUUAUGCACAGAUUUAAUAUUGCAGCAGAUUUGGUGGAAGAAGCCAUGGAUGCUGAUGAUUUAGGUCUCGCAGGAAUUCUUGUGUGGAUGCGGUUUAUGGCCACAAGGCAGCUAACUUGGAAUAAAAACUACAAUGUAAAGCCACGUGAGAUAAGCCAAGCUCAGGACAGGCUGAUAGACUUGCUUCAGAAUGUUUAUAGAACUUAUCCACAAUAUAGUGAACUUCUGCGCAUGAUCAUGUCAACUGUCGGACGUGGAGGUGAAGGGGAUGUUGGGCAGCGCAUCCGGGAUGAAAUCCUAGUUAUCCAGAAAAAUAAUAAAUGCAAGGGAGGAAUGAUGGAGGAAUGGCAUCAGAAGUUGCAUAACAACACAAGCCCUGAUGAUGUAGUAAUCUGUCAGGCACUAAUUAAUUAUAUCAAAAGUGACUUGGACAUCAGUGAAUACUGGAACACCCUAACCACGAAUGGAAUAACAAAAGAACGACUUUUAAGUUAUGAUCGGGCCAUUCGCAAUGAGCCAAACUUCACGAGAGACCAAAAGGAGGGUCUUUUGCGUGAUCUUGGAAGCUACAUGAGAACGUUAAAGGCAGUUCAUUCAGGUGCCGAUCUCGAGUCUGCAAUUUCGAACUGCAUGGGAUAUAAAUCAGAGGGACAAGGCUUCAUGGUUGGGGUGAAAAUAAAUCCUAUUUCUGGCUUGCCAUCUGGUUUCCCGGAAUUGCUUCAAUUUGUCCUAGAGCAUGUUGAAGAUAAGAAUGUGGAACCCCUUCUUGAGGGACUGCUAGAGGCACGUGAGGAACUUAAGCCAUUACUUUCUAAAUCAACUGACCGUCUUAAGGAUCUUCUCUUUUUGGACAUUGCCCUGGAUUCUACUGUAAGGACAGCCAUUGAAAGGAGCUACGAGGAGCUGAAGAAUGCUAAGCCAGAGAAAAUUAUGUAUUUCAUCACUCUUCUUCUUGAGAACCUCAUACUUUCAUCAGACAACAAUGAAGAUCUGAUCUAUUGCUGGAAGGGAUGGAAUCAGGCAUUAACCAUGUUGAAGAACAAGGACAAUGAUUGGGCAUUAUUUGCAAAGUCAGUCCUUGAUAGAACUCGACUUGCACUUGCCAGCAAGGGAGAGUUGUACCAUCAACUGUUGCAACCCUCUGCUGAGUACCUUGGAGCACUGCUUGGAUUGGACGAAUGGGCGGUAAGCAUCUUCACUGAGGAAAUGAUUCGUUCUGGAUCAGCUGCUUCUUUAUCAUCACUGGUUAACCGACUUGACCCUAUCCUCCGCAGUGUGGCAAAUUUGGGCAGCUGGCAGGUCAUCAGCCCAGUCGAAGCGGUUGGAUAUGUUGUGGUGAUUGAUCAGUUACUUUCUGUUCAAAACGAAUCUUAUGAAUUGCCAACUAUUUUAGUGGCAAAGACUGUGAGUGGAGAGGAGGAAAUUCCUGAUGGUGCAGUUGCUGUACUGACACCUGACAUGCCAGAUGUCCUAUCUCAUGUUUCUGUUCGAGCAAGAAACAGCAAGGUUUGCUUUGCAACAUGUUUUGAUCCCGACAUUUUGGAUGAUCUUCGAGCAAAAGAAGGGAAAUUGUUGAACCUCAAGCCUACUUCAGCAGAUAUUACUUAUAGUGAGGUGAAAGAGGAAAAUCUAGCACGAUCAAGCAACUUGGAAGAAGUGGGUGCAACACCAACUAUAAAGUUGGUCAAAAAGGAGUUUAAUGGUAGAUAUGCCAUAUCAUCAGAGGAGUUCACUAGUGAGAUGGUUGGAGCUAAAUCUCGUAAUAUUGCAUACCUUAAAGGGAAAGUCCCAUCUUGGGUUGGCAUUCCUACCUCAGUCGCAAUACCAUUUGGAGUUUUCGAGAAAGUUCUUUCUGAUGAGUUAAAUCAGGGAGUGUCAGAAAAACUGGAAAUUCUGAACAAACAACUAGGAGACGGAGGAUCUGACGUCCUUGGGGAGAUCCGCAAGACGGUUUUAGAUCUUGCUGCACCACCCCAGCUGGUACAAGAACUGAAAAGCACAAUGCAAAGCUCUGGCAUGCCAUGGCCUGGUGACGAAGGUGAACAAAGAUGGGAACAAGCAUGGAUGGCUAUAAAGAAGGUUUGGGCAUCAAAAUGGAACGAGAGAGCAUACUUCAGCACAAAAAAAGUUAAACUAGACCAUGACUUCCUAUGCAUGGCUGUCCUUGUCCAGGAAAUAAUAAGUGCCGAUUAUGCAUUUGUUAUUCAUACCACGAAUCCAUCAUCAGGAGACUCCACAGAGAUAUAUGCGGAGCUGGUAAAGGGCCUUGGAGAGACUUUGGUAGGAGCAUAUCCAGGUCGUGCUUUGAGCUUUAUUUCCAAGAAAGACAAUCUAGACUCCCCAAAGGUUCUUGGUUACCCUAGCAAACCCAUUGGCCUUUUCAUAAGGAGAUCCAUUAUCUUCCGUUCCGACUCCAAUGGUGAAGAUUUAGAAGGCUAUGCUGGUGCAGGACUUUAUGAUAGUGUGCCUAUGGAUGAAGAAGAGAAGGUGGUUCUUGAUUAUACGUCCGACCCGUUGCUCGUUGAUGUUAACUUCCAGAAGUCGAUCCUCUCGAGCAUUGCCCGUGCAGGAGAUUCUAUCGAAAAGUUAUAUGGAACUCCUCAAGACAUUGAAGGUGUUGUAAGGGAUGGAAAAAUCUAUGUCGUCCAAACGAGACCACAGAUGUGAUCUUCGUGUAAUCAUCGAGGAGGCAUGUGGAGUCUUUAUAGCAUACAAUUUAUUUCUAUGAUUAAAUUUGUUGUAACAAGAACUUGAUAUAAUAUUAUAUACGUCCACUUGUGGGGGCUGCCUAGAAUGCUUUGCUUAUGGGCCUGGGUCUUUCAAGCCCGUUUUUAGUAAGCAAUAUGAAUUAUGAAAGGACCCGGAUUUUGGGUCUGAAGAUUAGCUCGCUUAA